UUCCUGUCAUGUGAUUUCAGUCCGUCACGACGCCAUAUUGGUAAGACCAUUGACACUUUUACAGGUGGGACUUAGGUACAUUUUAGAAGAAAGUUUGGGCAACUUUUCAUCUACAAAAUGAGCGAAAGUGAAAGGAAACCCCGUUUAUGUCAUCUGGUGAAAUGGCCAGAAUUUGCAGGCUAUGGUUUUAACUUGCACGCUGAGCGGGGCAAAGCAGGUCAGUACAUCGGAAAAGUCGACGAAGGAUCGCCGGCGGUGGCUGCAGGAUUGAAAGAAUCCGACCGCAUAGUUGAAGUAAAUGGAACAAACAUUGGUAACGAGAAUCACCAGCAGGUGGUAUCCAGGAUCAAGGCAGGUGGUGAGGAGGUUACCCUGCUCGUGGUGGAUGCGGAGACUGACAAUUAUUAUAAAGAAAACCGUAUACUGGUGUCCAGCGCAGACGAAAAUGUGUUGAAGUUUUCGGCAGCCCGCGACAGCGAGCCACGCCCGGUCGAAACCGAAAGCCCCCCUCCAGAACCAGAAGAUGAGCCUGAUCAGCCCGAACCAGAGGUGGAACAGGAUCCCGAACCUGAACCUGAAGUGGAACAAGAGCCUGAACCCGAGGCUCUGAUCAACGACUAUGAAACAGUUCCACCUUACGUACCUCCCCAGGAGGAGGAACAGGAAGAGGAACAGGAGGUUGCCAUAGAACCGGAGCCAGAACCAGAGGAGGAGAGUGUGCCGGAACCAGAGGUCAGUGUCGAACCUGUCGUGGUAAAUGAUGUUUCGGAGGAUGCCCCCUCCACUUUCUACCCACGUCUGUGUCACAUGGUAAAGUGGCCCGACUUUGUUGGCUAUGGUUUUAACUUACAUGCUGAAAGGGAGCGUACCGGUCAGUUUAUUGGCACCGUGGAUGAGGCGUCGCCGGCCGAGACGGCAGGCCUGAAGGAAGGUGACCGGAUCGUCGAGGUGAAUGGAUCCAACAUUGAGUCUGACUCUCACCAGGACGUCAUCAGCAAGGUGAAAGCUGGAGGAGACGAGACCCAAAUGUUAGUGGUGGACAGAGAGACAGACGACUACUACAAGUCUCGGGGAAUCCAAGUACACAACGGUCUGGAGGAGGUCCGCUAUAAGAAGUCUGAUCGUAGUGAAAUUCAGGAAAAUAAGGAGAAUAAAGUCCCGAGUGUGAACUCUUCAGUCACAAGCGCUGACAGUGGGGCCAUGGCAAGGUUAUGUCAUAUCACAAAGUGGCCACAUUUCCAGGGCUACGGUUUUAACUUGCACGCGGACAAAAACAAAACUAGCGGACAAUUUAUUGGUAAAAUAGACGACGGAUCUCCGUCGCAAAGCGCAGGAUUAAAAGAAGGAGAUAGAAUUGUGGAGGUUAACGGAUCGAAUGUAGAAGCAGAAUCCCACCAAUCAGUGAUAGGUUACAUUAAGGCUGGUGGUAAUGAAACAAGACUUCUUGUGGUAGAUUCUGCAGCAGACCAGGCAUUCAAAUCACAAGGGAUUAAAGUCGGCGGCUCAAUGUCACAACUCCAGUACAUCAAGACUGAAGACCGAGGUGCCCCAGUCAAUGGACAGGCUGAAGUUCAGUCUCAGCCUCAACGCCAGAUGGCUCCCACCCCGUCAGUGAACUCCGCUCCACCCCAGACAAACGGCAAACCCGCUGAUUUGUCGCAGGGACUCCAAAUGUCAGCCAAAGAAAUGAGGGAGAUGCUCGCACGGAAGAAAAAGACCGACCCAAAACACAACAAGAUGUCCUUCCAGUCCAAAUUAGAAGCCUUCCAGAAAAUGUGAUUGUUAAACUAAAAGGUUACAUACAUGAUAGUGGUAAAUCGGACAGUAUUUGGUCAGGACUUAUUUUGAUUCGUGGCAGGUUUACGUACAAUAUAGUACAUUUAGGUCUGAAUUUCAGUUCGGUGAGAUUUAUAGAUUUCUGUACGGUAAGAUCUUAAGAUUUCGGUACAGUAUCUGUACGAUAAGAUUUGAUGAUUUCUGUACGAUAAGAUACGACUUCAGUACAGUAAGAUUUAUAGAUUUCUGUACGGUAAGAUCUUAAGAUUUCUGUACGGUAUCUGUACGAUAAGAUUUGAUGAUUUCUGUACGAUAAGAUACGACUUCAGUAGAGUAAGAUUUAUAGAUUUCCGUAUAACACCUUCAGCUUGUAUUUACAUGAUCUAUGUGAAUUGCUGGAUUAACCUGCGGUCUAGCUAGGCUGUGUAUCGAGACAUCAAUAUUGUCAGAACAUGACCAACUGUAGCGAUAGAUAAAUCCUUUAUAUAUAAAAUGUCAGCAUCCAUUGUUUCUGUAUCGUACCAUACAGGCCAAGAACAUCAAUACUACAUAUAUGUCUGUAUUGAAUUUCUUUAAUCGUUGCCAGAAGAAAAAUAGAUCCAUCUCCUAUUACAAUGCAACAGGAAAGAUUGUUGGUUAGGACAUCAUUUCAACAGCUUUUAUUGACAUGAUGUCAUUGUCAAUUGGAUUUACCAUGUUUAUAGGAUCCAAGUGCUAUUGUUUUUAUUUUGUGUGUUAAGUGAAUUUAAAUUUCAUAUCUAAAAUUUGAGGAUUUUUUUUUUUAAAUUUGACGCCACAUUUCAUAUUAAUAGAAUUUUUUUUUAAUACUGGAUAAAAUUACGAUGAAUCUUAUGUUUACUCUUUAUAGUGCUAUUUCUGGGUACUGCCCGAUAUCCUUGGACAACAUCGUCCUUUAAUUUCCUAAUUAUGAAAUUUUACUAAUUUCGUAGAAUUUGUGCUGAUCCAAUGUAGGGUUUAACAUGUUUUAUGCAUUUAAGUGUUUUGGUUCAAAAUUUUUGGGAUUUUUCCCCGUUAAUACCUGUAUGUAAGAGAUAGGAAAUGAAUCUAUUUGUCAGUGUAGCGUGUAACAUACUGGUAAUUCAUAAAGUAAGCCUAAAGCAUGGACCAACAUAUCUACCAGCUCUGUCUGGCCACCUGUGGGAACCAAACUCUGGUACAUUCCAUCUCUCAGCUUCAUUCGUGUAAACAGUAACAGCAUUUGUGUACCAUUAGAAAUGGAAGCAUUUGAUUUUUUGAUUUUUCAUAUAAAAUUGUUAACCUAUGGUUAUUUUCCAUUCUAUAUCAUAAAUGUUUUUGAUUUUUAGAAUCUUGAAAACUUCAUAGUUACAUAAUAGUUUUCUAUAAACUGCAGAUUGAGUUUUGGUCAGCCUGGAAGCACUGUUCAACCUAUAUAUAUAGCUACAGGACCAGGAAGAAUAAUGAUACAGAUUAAAAAAAAAAAAAAAAAGAAUUGGAGAUGUCAUCAGUAAUGCUCUUUUGGUAAAUACCAAAAAUCAGAUUAUGUAUGUCAUUAUUUAGUUUACCUGCUAGGAAAUGUUUCUUGUCAAAAUUUAUGCGUCUCAAUGUUUGCUGACGAUGGUGAAGUGAAAAUGUGGUCGAUUAUGAAACUUAUAAGAACUUGUUUUUUGAGGUGUUGUUGGUGGUGAUAUAGUGAUAUGUUAGCAAGACGUUAUCUUGGUUAGUGAGAAAUUGAAGAGAAAAAAUCUUUGAAUAAUUUUGUAUCCUUAUUUACAUAAUGUCCUUAUCUGUUUUAGAUCAGCUGUUGGAUUGCCAGUAUAUAAAUGUAUUUACUUAUAUUUGAUCGAAAUGAAUGAUACUUUUCGUAUGGUUGGGACAUACUUGUAGCCGGUGUCGUGUGAAUUCAAAUGACUACGGCCGUCCGACAUCUUGGAUGUUGUUUAUAUUGAUGCAUUCAUUCAGACAUUACUAAUAUAACUAAUGAUGUUUGUUAUGAGCCAUAUUUGGUUAAUAUAUUGUAUUUUUUCAAGGUCAUUUUUUUUUAUCAUUGUUGAAAAUUGCAAAAGUUGUCUCAUUUUGUUGUCGUAUGUAUGGAUAUACAUUGUUCGGAGUUAUCCCAUUGUAUCCGAGUUUUCUCAACUUUUGAGAUUGUGAAGAAAACAUUCCACCGAUCAUCAUUUUGAUAUUAAUUGCUGAGAAGUUCAAGGGAAAUAUUAAUCUGGAAAUCACGUUUGAUAAAAAUGUUUAUGUGCUACUCGAAAGCAAGCCAUGACAACGGUGACAAUACCAGUAGCUCACCUGUAGCAGCCGUGACUCGGGAUUUCACAACUGUAUAAGAAUUUCCUGAUAUUUAUUAGGGACAACUCGGAAAUUACAAUGGUUGUGUAGUGAAAAUAUUGGUGGAAUGUUUCCUUGACAAUCUGAAAAAGAGGUCAAACAACCCAGAGGACGUGGGUUGUAAGAUGUAUAAUCACGGGACUUCAUUUUACUCAUGUACAGAUAUUUAUCAUUAUAUUAUAGAAAUUAAUUAUACAGUGGAGUAUUACGUAGAUGAUUCUAGUUUAAACUGUUGAGGAUUAUACUAUUAUAAUAUUGAUAAAUGAUUACAGUGAAACCUGUCUAAUUUGACACCAUGUGGGAGUGACAGUUUUGGUCGGAUUAGACAGGGUGUCGGAGUCAGGUAUUUAUUGUUGACUACACUUGGCAUCACGGGAAUAAGGUACAGUGUCGGAUUAGACAGGGUGUCGCAAAAGUCAGGUAUUUGUUGUUGACUACACUUGGCAUCAAGGAAAUACAGUACAGUGUCGGAUUUGACAGGAUGUCGGAAAAGUCAGGUGUCGGAUUAGACAGGUUUCACUGUAUUUACGAUGCAGGUUUUCACUGCCCACACACUUCUAUACGGUACACUAACUGGCACAUACUGUCAACAUCUUCCGCACGUUGUCUGUUUUCCUGGAUUGCUGGACAGAAAAAUCUUGAACACUUAAUUAGUUUAGUGUAACACACACUAUGCCAUUUAAUUGCCAUCCAUCAAUUUCUUGUGAUAAUUUUUAGCUCACUGGUUAUACACUGGUAAGUUGUAAAGAAAUAGUUUUGAAUGUUGAAAACAUAAAUGUGUUCAAAUGCAGGGUCGUGGUUUGGUUAAAUUGCUGUUAAUAGUAAGAAAUACAUUCCAAAUCUAUUAUAGUUUUCAUCGAGUCAUCUAAUUCAUUGCAUGUUUCAGCAAAAUUGACGCGACUAUGGAGCUGUACGUUUAAUUUCUGUUCACAUGAAAUUCCAGCCUUCCGUACUAAACCAAUCAACUUCAAAUCUGGAUUUAAAUGUAUUACAAACUUUUAAGGCAGUUGAUAUGGCUAUCAGAUGUGGUCGAAACACUACCUUGUAACCGUGUUUGAAAUCUAUGACAUAUUUACACUCUUGUGUUGAAAAAAUCAGAUUUUUCCCUCAUUUGUAUAAUGUACUUUGCCUUACGUAGGACCCUCUUUAAUCAGAACUUGGACAAUCGAAAAUGAUGCACAAAACAAUUACUUAUACAUAUAUACUUAAGAAUUUUCAAAAUAUCAGCAUCAACAUUUUGGACAUUUGAUUAUUUUCGUAUUUUGCUAGCUUUAAUUUACACUUGUUAUUUUAGCAGAGAGCAAGAUGGCCAACCCCGACGAUGGAUUCUUAACGUUGUUCAUAGAUUUCCAAAAGUAAAGUUUGCAAACUUAGACAGAUGUGAAAUAUAGAUGCUCUAUACAUAUAGAUUACUAUAAAUAGUGAUAGGUAUAAAGUGAACUUUAACGGCAUAUGUUUUGAACCAUAAAGUUACCCUAGCCAAUCAGAGUGCACCGGGACUAAUCCGUCAUAUGUAGAGUUUUGUAACAAUCAGGUUUUUGUUUAUCGCCACAACUGAAUAUAUUACAGCAAUAAUUGUCUAAUUUUUUUAUAUCCAUGUAAUCACUAAUGUUUAGGUAACUCUCACAUGUAUAUACCACAUAUAGGUAUCUCACAGAAUUUCGUCCAGCUAAAAUGUGAUUGUAUUUAAUCAGCGAGGCAUAUUGCUUGCCCUCCGUCGAAGGUUGUGUGGUGUACAAUAUGUGUAGCUAUAUGUUUAAUUGUGUGUACUAUACAUCAUCGCUGUACCGACUGCUGUACUCCGUAUAUUUGCUACUUUCACACACAACUUAAUUGUACAAAUGUAUAACAAUUGGCUAACUCCUAACAAUGCCGACCUAUGUUUCAUUUUCAAGAAACAGCUCAAUUUUUUUUUUUUAAUAUAAUGUCUGGUACAUCCUGAAUUUGAAUUACAGGUUAUUGAAUAUUGAACAUACAUGUUAGAAUUUCGAAAAAAAAAAUUAAAAAAAAAAAAAAAAAA